UGUCAUUAGUGUCAUCGGUGUGCAAAAACACAACACGUGUUGUACAUCGCAAAAAAGCUUAAACAAUAAUUUAAGUGUUUUUUUACUGAAUUUAUUACCUAACCGAGUAAAAUUCGCAACAUUUAAAUCCCUAUACCCCAAAAUUAGUUCCAAGAAUAACCGGGGGAAUGUCAGUGUUGCAACGGUUGGUGAAACCCACCACGCACAAGGGCAAGAAAAUCUUACUCAAAAAAGAGCCACAAAUAAUCGAGGGUACAAAAGCCCCGAUAUUCCUUAAAGGCCGAAAAACAUCGGAAAAGGUACGGCGAGUGCUGAAAGACAUUUACGAUCUCAAAAAACCCGAUGGCCAAAUGCUACAUAGAAAAAACGAUAUCACCAUCUUCGAAGACGCCACUCCGGUCGAAUCCUUGUGCAAAAAACAUGAUAGCAGCUUAUUUAUGCUGGGCAGUCACAGCAAAAAACGACCAGACAACUUGGUGGUGGGGCGCACAUUCAACAAUUCAAUCCUGGAUAUGGUCGAACUGGAAAUUAAAGACUACGAAGGCCUAAGGGAAUUUGCAGCUUCAAAAGUCACCAUGGGAAUCAAACCGUGUCUUUUAUUCAAUGGUCCUCAAUGGGAACAAUCCGAGGAGUACAGACAAUUAAAGUCAAUAUUUAUAGACUUUUUCCAUCGGGAGGAGGUGGAGGCUGUGAGACUGCAGGGUUUAGAACACACUAUUAGUUUUAAUGUUACUCCCGAUGGAAGUAUUUGCUUAAGGUCUUAUAAGGUGUUGUUAAAGAAGUCUGGGCAGAGGACACCACGGGUGGAACUAGAAGAAAUUGGUCCCAGAAUAGAUUUUGCCUUAAGACGUACCAAACUGCCGACCCCGGAUCUAAUGAAAGAAGCCUGUAAAAAACCAAAAGAACUUAAAAUCACUAAAAAGAAGAAUAUUUCGACAGAUAAACUGGGCUCGACCCACGGUCGUAUCCACAUGGGCAAACAGGAAAUUAACAAGAUUCAAACUCGUAAAUUCAAGGGGCUUAAAAAGCAAAAAGUUAAGGGAGGCAGGGUUGAGAAAAAGAAAAUUUCUGUUUAAAGUUUUUUUUUUAAAUCUCCAGUGACAGCAAACAAUUGUUUAAUAAGAGGAGAAAAUUGUUUAUGAUGAAUUUAUGUUUGUUAUGUCAUUUUUAUAAGUGAUUUUCUUGGUCUUCUCAAAUUUUGUUUAUCUAGGAUUGUAUGAUAUGGUUCAACAUUAUUAUUGUACAUAACAGUUAUAUAGUCCUAUUUUAAGUAAGUAGGCUGUAAGUUUAUUAUUUACUUUUUUUGUAAAUAGCUUUUUAGGUUUUAAUUAUUAGGAUAAUGUUGUCGAUUUUUUUUUUUUUUUGGUGAUUUUGCCCACUAGCGGUGUUAAUCACUUAUUUUUUUAAUACAAGUUGGUUGUAUGUUUAAUAUGAACCGAUUUAAAAAAAUUAAUAAUUUUUUUUUAAAAGCAUACUGUUUUAUGUUUAUGAAAUUGUUUGGAAAGAAUUGCCUCUCGUCUUUGACCUUUUAAGAAUAUUCAAAUUAUUUUAUGAAAAUAUUCUUAGAAAUAGUUAAAAUUUUUUAAAAAAAUCAGCAAAAAAAGGCGCAAACUAAAACUGCUAUAACUAAUUAAAUUAUUAACCUAGCAUCAUGUUUUUACCCUCAAAUCCGUUCUAAGGAAUUAUUUUACAUUAAUGUGAAAAAAUAUCUUAAAUGAUUCUAAAGUUAUAGCUAAAAACUUUUUAAAUUUUCAAUUUAAUCGCACCUGGACCUCGAUGGACAACAUUUUUCUGUACCUCGAGAAUCUUUUCAGUUACAAGAAUCGUCCGAGCAAGGAAUAAUGUUUUCAAGCACAGCCUAAAAACGUUACGAAAGAGGGAAUAUUGGGAAGCAUUAAAAAUUAACUAGUGACAUUCCUAGACCUUGCAAGCCUAGACAAUCUUAUCUAUUCUUUUGUCUAAUGAUACAGUCAUAACGCAGUGUCUAAUAAAGCUUUUUAGUUUUUAAUAACACAAUUUUAGAUAGUAUAGACAGAUUUUGAAUUGUAUGUACUUCGUACCUUUUGUAUUGUCACUUGUGUAAGUACAACUUUAUGCGUUUACUUUAAUAAAGAAUUUGAAAGGUU